GAUAAACAUCUCAACACAGUCAAUUCAGUCCAAGAGCCCAAGUAGUAAUUCAUCCAUUUCAGAGAAAUAAGUGUGGAAAGAAGAGUGAACGGGAAAAAAGUGGGCGAGUAAAGGCGAGAGGAGAAGAAGGGAAAGGAAAGACUAUAGUCCUUGCUUUGGUGUUCGAUUCUCUUAUUUCUGACACUAAUGACCUUAAAUAAAAUGGAGGACUUGAAAUUUGAUGGAACAGAGCACCUAACUACUGACUAUGUGAAGGGAAUUCUUCAACCCACGCCCACCUGUGACACAUGGGAUCAGAUCUGGAACUUCCAAGCCAAGCCUGAUGACCUGCUUAUUUCUACCUAUCCUAAAGCAGGAACAACAUGGACUCAAGAAAUAGUGGACUUAAUACAAAAUGAAGGUGAUGUUGACAAUAGCAAACGAGCACCUAUUCAUGUACGAUUUCCUUUCAUUGAAUGGAUAAUCCCAUCUCUAGGAUCUGGUUUGGAACAAGCUAAUGCAAUGCCCUCGCCACGAAUCCUGAAAACACAUCUUCCCAUCAACUUGCUGCCGCCAUCCUUUCUAGAGAAAAACUGUAAGAUAAUCUAUGUAGCAAGAAAUCCCAAGGACACUAUGGUGUCUUAUUACCAUUUCCACAGGAUGAAUAAAGCACUUCCUGCUCCAGGAACCUGGGAAGAGUAUUUUGAGAGUUUUCUGACUGGGAAAGUGUGCUGGGGUUCUUGGUAUGACCACGUGAAAGGAUGGUGGGAAGCAAAAGACCAACACCGCAUUCUCUACCUCUUCUAUGAGGAGCUAAAGAUGAACCCAAAGCAUGAAAUUUCGAAGCUUGCAGAAUUCAUUGGAAAGAACCUAGAUGACAAAGUUCUAGAUAAAAUUGUCCAUCACACUUCAUUUAAUAUUAUGAAGCAGAAUCCAAUGGCCAACUAUUCAUCAUUUCCUAUUGAAAUAAUGAACCACUCUAUUUCUCCAUUCAUGAGAAAAGGGGCAGUUGGAGACUGGAAAAAUCACUUUACUGUGGCUCAGAACGAGAGAUUUGAUGAAGACUACAAGAAGAAAAUGGCUAAUACCAGUCUAACUUUCCACUUCCAACUCUAGUAAGGAAGAAAAAAAAGUUUUGGUGAUGUUCAGUACAGUGAACCUUCCAUCAUGCAAAUCAAUUUAUUGGGUAAUGAUCAAUAAAAAUUUUAUUACCUGGAC